AUGAUAACGUCAAUUGGAAUUAUUCCUAGUAAAAUCGAGAUAGAUAAAUUGAAAGAAUUUCAGGCGGAUAAAGAAAUAGCCAAAUCUUUGGAGCAUCUUAACAUUCCUUUGAUUGACAAAUCAGCCAUGACAUGCGACUACGAUGUAGAUGAAUCUGAAGAUAUAGUUGAAGGUGAUGUUCUGAUCUUCUGCACGCCAAAUGAAGAGGAUGUGAGCUUCUUACAAAUUUAUAUUCAAAACAAGGAAUGUGUUGGAAUGUUUAUGCACCAUGAUACAUAUGUUUUUAGUUCUGUGAUUGACUCUGAAAAUCUGAAUAUUGGUGGAACACCCUAUAUUGCGCUAGGAACAUUUGAGAACGACAUUUUUGUUUAUGAUCCACUUGUAAGGAGUGCAAUGCUUCCUCAAAUUCUACUGAAAGGGCAUAGUGAUGCAGUGAUGUCGCUACGAGAAACUGAAGGAAAGCUUUUCAGUGGAAGUUAUGAUUCUAGUAUUAUUGAAUGGGAUACAAAAAGAUUAGAAGUCAGGAAUAAAAUUAAUACAGCGGGGCCUGUGAGCAAGAUUGAUGCCUCUGGAUCUAUUGUAGUGUACUCGGUUGCGAAUAGUCUACAUUGCUUUGAACAAGAGAUUGGCUUUGAGAGUGAUAUAGAGAAGAUAAAGAUGGUUGGUGAUAGAAUGUUUAUUUCAGACUCAUCUGGAAAGCUGUGGUAUUAUGAUAUUCGUAAUAUGUCUAAUGCAGUUUUGGAAAAGAAGAUUCACGAUGACUCAAUAGCAAGUUUUGAUAUUUUUGAGAAAAGCAUUUAUACUGCAUCUCUGGAUGGAACCAUAAAGGUCCUGGACAUUGAAAGUUUUGAUGUUAGAUAUGUGAAGAAAGCUGAUGAAAAGGUAUUUUCGAUUAAAGUAUGUGAAGAAGGCUUUUUCGUGUAUGGAGGAGAGCAGAAUAUGCUGAAGAUGGUGCCAAUGAAUGCAAGCACAGAUGGAGAUUGA